AUGGGGCUCCCGCAUUAUGAGAAGUCUCUCGCCAUGACUCAAUCAAGUAGAAAGUACAGAACAUCAAGUAAUUCGAAAUCGAAACGCAAGGAUCUUCAUCCCGCACAUAUGCAUGACCAUAGUCAUGGUAAAGGCGAUCAGAGAACCGUAGCUAACGUUCGUGAACGACAAAGAACGCAAGCAUUGAACGAAGCCUUCAACAAGUUGCGAAAAAUCAUCCCAACUUUGCCUUCAGAUAAGCUGUCAAAGAUACAAACAUUGCGCUUGGCUGCGCGCUACAUCGACUUCUUGUGCCAGGUUCUAGGCAACAACGAAAAGCAUCCGAACUCAACAGCAAGCAGCUGCUUUAUUGCUCAUGAACGGCUUAGUUAUGCUUUCAGUGUCUGGAGAAUGGAAGGAGCUUGGUUUCAACAUCAGUAA